GCCUGCCAGUUAGAAUUUGAUCCACAGACAGGUAACUUAAGAAUUGCCCAUUGUCACUGCAUUCAAAUCUAUAUAAAUCGCACCUGGACCGACUCGCACUCACCACUCAGCCUUACUUCUCUUCAUUCACCUGCCAGGAGAACUUCAACGAGGACCAUGUCUCUCUCAUCUAUCCUUUGUGCUGAUGCCAUCCAAAACGCGCUCAAGGACUGUCAAGCACCCGACUCCUUCAAUCCCAAAAAGUUCUUCCAGCUGUGUGGAAUGACAAAGAAAAGCCCUCAGGAUGUGAAGAACAUCUUUAACAUCCUGGACAACGAUGCCAGUGGAUUUGUUGAGGAGGAGGAACUCAAGUUUUUCUUGCAGCGGUUCUCAGCUGGUGCUCGUGUACUGACUGAUAAAGAGACUAAGGCUUUCCUAGCGGCAGCUGAUGAUGACAGUGAUGGCAAGAUUGGAGCAGAUGAAUUCCAGGCUUUGGUUCUGUCCUGAACGCUCAGGCCAUUGACGUUUCCCCCUCUCUCGUAGACAGAUAUCAGUUCAGCUGACACGUCUUUUAAAAGCACAGGUUUAUUUCCUCUCUCAGAUCUCCUGGCCACUGGAAUCAACACUCAUGUCAAUACACCCAAAGUUUUACUUGAUUUUUGAAUAUGUUUAUAGAGGGGCGCACAAUGAGUCUGACUGUAUAUGUACAACAGAUAUUUAUUGAAAUGAAUAAAUAAAUAAAUUGCUGAAAAGA